AGCUGCAAACCAACACAGGCCCCGUCGCGCUGUACUUUCGAGCGACUGCCCGCUGCCUCGAGAGACUGGAAAACCACACAGCGCAGUGACAUGAAGACGGCAGCGUCUCAUCUCCUUAGCUGUGGUUUCGCUCUCGUAUCUUAGUUUCCAGUGAGUGUGGGGUCAACGGGGGCACACAGCCAUGUCUCUUCCACUGGAUAUACGCUCUUACCACAAAGACCCCUCUUUGGGCACGCUGGAGCAACAACUCAUUUGUCCCAUCUGUGUGGAAGUCUUCACGAAACCAGUGGUCAUUCUGCCCUGUCUGCACAACCUCUGCCGCAAAUGUGCCAAUGAACUAUACCAGCCGUCUCUCUUCCAGGUUGGAAUUGGAGGACGUUUUCGCUGCCCGUCCUGUCGGCGUGAGGUUGUCUUGGACCGUCAUGGAGUUUAUGGACUGCAGCGCAAUUUACUUGUGGAGAACAUUAUUGAUGUUUACAAACAGGAGUCUGAAAGCUCUAGGCCUCCACCGAAGCCUCCUGCCGAGUUCAACUGUAAGGAGCAUGAAGAUGAGAAGCUUAAUAUUUAUUGCAUCACGUGUCAGGUGACCUCCUGUUCUCUCUGUAAGGUGUUUGGGGCCCACAAAAACUGCCAGGUAGUUCCCCUGCCUGAUGUUUACCAGCAGCAAAAGGCUGAACUCAGUGACAGACUUGCUUCUUUGGUUUCCACAAAUGACCACGUUCAAGCUUUUGUCAGUGAACUAGAAGCACUCCAUAGGAACAUAGAGGAAAACAGCAGGAUCCAGAAACAGAUUUUGUCUGAGAAGUUUGAUAGCUUGUCUGCUAUUCUGGAGGAACGUCGUAAGAUCAUGACCCAACAAAUCACUUCUGAGCAGGAAGAAAAGACUGGCUGGACCCAAUCUUUACUGCAAACAUAUAGUGAGCACGUAGACACAAACUCAAAGUUGAUCCAGGCAGUCCAGAAUGCCAUAGAGGACCCAGAGAUGGCUUCUUUUGUGCAGACCUCACAAGACCUUAUUGAGAAGGUUGGUAAAGCAUCUAAGUGCUUCACUCAGGAGACCCUGGAUCCUGAAUAUGAGAAGAUGGAUCACUACAGGGUUGAUUUUGAAGCGGAGGAGAGAGUUCUUAACCAGCUGGAUUUCAUGGAGAUUGAAGAAGAAGCGGAGGAAACACCUGAUGAACCAGAGUCAGAACCUGAGUCUGAACCUGAACCAGUGCUGACCCCAGAACCUGACUCUGAACCAGAUCAGGAUCUGAAAUCAGAUGGUUCUGAGACGACCAAUCCCACACCGGAGAUAACAGAGGACACUUGCGGACAAGCAAACAGUUGUACAAACAUCAGAAAAGUUGUUUUGUGUGAGAAGAAUGGCUUAAGCACUACACAGAUUGUCACCCUAGGCUUUUAUUUCCUGGGCUUUCUGGUCAUCCUACAGCGAAUAUGGGGAAACAUUCAGUACCUUAUUUUUAUAUAGCAGAGGUGAAGAAACAGGUACCAAUAAUGCUUACAAAUGUUGUUUUAAAUCAAAGCAAGACGAAAGUUUUUUGGUUAAAUAAGGAACUGGUUAAGAUAAACUGGAUUUGCAUCAUGUCCCUAAAAAUAAAGUCACUUACCAAGGUUUCUGCAGACUCACACAGCUGUGAGCUCCACAAUAGAAUGACUGAGCCCUCCAGUGGUCACCAGUGAGAUUUUUCUCUGAUUCUCCUGGCUCAAUGCUCCAAUAAAAAAACAGAAACUCAAAGGAAUGAUGACUUGUUACUGAUCAGAAUGGGUUCUCCACCCUUUGUUUCUUGACAAAGUCUUCUUUGUGUUUGUGCAAAUAAUUAAAACAUUAUGUACACUUAUUUUUGGUUUUGUUUUUUUGUUUGCCCAAAAACAUUGACUAUUCUUAUUGAAAACACAUAUCUACCAAUCUGGAUUGACUUUAGAUUUGGUUGUAAUGAGAUGAAUGGAUGAAUAGUUUUUUAUAACUGAUUAAUUUGUUUGUAUGCGUGUAAUACUAAAAGUUGGCUUGAAUUAAAACCCUGAUUUUCUUUUUUCUUUUCUUUUCUUUUCUUUUCUUUUUUCUUUUUUCUUUUUUGUCAGCAUUAAAUGUUUUUCUUACUUAGAUUUUUUGUCUUGUUUCCAGCCAAAAUAUCUUAAAUAAAAAUUUCUUAAAUCAAGAAGGAUUUUCUAGACAAGCAAAAAUGAUUGUUUUGGGGUAAGCAAAAUAAUCUUAAAUAUUUUCUGCUUGAAAUAAGACUAUUUUGCUUGUUCUAAGCAAAAAGUCACUCAAUUUAUUUAUUUUUUUUUUCUGAAAAAAAGACAAUAGUUUUGCUUGUCUAGAAAAUCCUUCUUGAUUUAAAUUUUUUUUUUAGAUAUUUUGGCUGGAAACAAGACAAAAAAUCUAGGUAAGGAAAGCAUUCUUUUUGCAGUGUAACUGCUUUGAGCAAUGCAUUAUGUGAGAAAUUGUAUCUGCAUCAUUGUCAUAAUAAAUUGCUUUCCUCAUUGUGUCAGACAAAUACAAAUGAGUUUAUUUUUGGUUACAGAGCGGCACACAGGACAUGUAAGGAAAAACACAUUGUGGCCAUGAAUUAAGAAUUUGGUUUAUUUGAUUUAUUAAUUCUUUCCCUCGUUUUAGGUAGCCUGUUUGUGGGCUACGAUUUAACUAAAUAAAAAUGAAGGAAAAAUAUGAUUAAAUAAAUUAAUAAAAUGCGGCCACAGUCAAGUUGUGAGAAGAAUAUUUUAACUCGUGACACAGUAUUUAUUUUUCCCC